AAUAGAAGAGCAUUGAGGACGCUUUGGGUCUUUUUGAUUUCUCGUAUUGAUUAUCAAUUCUCCGAUGGAGAAUCUGGUUGGCUCUGCCGUAUCCCAGACUCCCACCGAGCCGCAGACGGCUGAUACCACCCCUUCACCGGCGUCACCACCGUCAGCCUCGAAUCAAACCUCAUCCGAAGAAAAAGACUCAAAAUCUCCGGAUUCACAGCUCGAAACCCUCUGCAAGACGAUGUGCGGCAAGGGACUUCGAAGUUACAUAGUAUCGAAACUCCCAGAGAAAAACACACUGCGCGAAGAACUCACCAAGGCAUUGGAACUUGCACCCAAUGCAGCAAAGCUUGUACUUAGCUGUAUGGGAGACUUCUUUGCGAAAAGGGGCAAAGCUUUUGAUAAGGAUGCACAGAUGAUUGCCACAAGGGAAGCAUCUGCAUUGGUUUUGGAGUGUUUCUUGUUGAUGGGUUUCGAUGUAAUUGAUGAAGGGGUAAAGGAAGAAGCUGCACAAGCAGCAGUGAUAUGGAGAAGAAGGUUUGUUGAUGAACGAGGCAUAAGAAAGGCUAGUACAAUGGAUGCACGGGGAUUGCUAUUGCUUAUUGGGUGUUUUGGGAUUCCACAAUUUUUUUACAAUGAGGACGUUAGGGACUUGAUUCGAGUGAGUAAUAUCAGGGAGAUUUCUACUGCACUCAGGAGAUCAAAUGUGCUAAUGGAAAAGAUUCCAGAAAUAAUAGAGGGCAUGGUGAAGCAUAAGAUGGAAGUUGAUGCUGUAGAUGUUGCCUAUACUUUUGGAGUUGAGGAAAAAUGUAGCCCUUGCGAAAUUUUGUCAUCGUUUUUAGAAGAACUUAAAGAAUCGCUGAAGAAAAAGAAAUGCCAAUCGCAUGGCUCACAUGCUGUUGUGAAUGAAGCAAACAAGAGGGAAUUGUCUACCAUGAGAUCUGUCAUUGAAUGUUUGGAAGCCCACAACAUUGAUCCCUCAAAGCUUAUUCCACGAUUCCGUAUCAGUGACAGAAUUAUGAGCUUGGAGGAAAAAAUUGCUAGGAAUGAUCAAAGAAGGGAGAAGAUGGUGCAAAAUCUGAAAUUUGAUGAAACUGGGUUAUCUAGAAGGUUUGAAGAGAGACGAGCAAAACGCACACGCAUACUAGGUGCAGAGUAUCAAAGACCUGUAAAUCACAUCAGUAGCCAGAGACCCUUGUUAGCAGGUCGACCUGCUAGCCACAUUUAUGGUUAUUCUGUGUCACCAUCAGCAUUGCCUAGAUCUGUUGCAGGCCCGAUUCAUGACACUGUUCCUGGCUCACCAGCAGCAAGUCGGGGAGGUAUGGUUAUGGGUGGAGUUAGUUCAGGUAUAAUAAGAAGCACAAAUAACGCUCUACAAGCUGGCGCAUAUGGUGGAUUUCGUGGGAGGAUACCAUUUGAAGAUAGAGCUGGGCAAAUAAGAAGUUACAAUAAUCAGUUAUAUGAAUGGCAAGAGAAUGCAUCCAUGCAUGAAAGGGAGGUCUCUCACAACUAUGGAUACGGGUCAUCACCAUCAUGGCAAGGCUCUAUGGAGUUGCCAAACCCCGUUCCUGUUGGUCCUGGUUACCAGACCGCUGCUUCUGAUCCUUAUCAGUUGGCUAGUACUGGUCGAAGUUCGCCAUAUCAGAACAGAGGUGUUGUUCCCUCUGUUUACCAUUAUUCAUCCUACUUGUACCCAGGGACAUAUUAUCCCCAAGGCAUGCAGUAACAUGUACUUUUAGGUUUCUCUUGUAGAAAUGCUUUGAAGUUGAUAAACCUUGUGGGUGUAAAUUAUACAGUUUAAAUGUGGUUUAAGGAAGUAUCAUGAUUCAUGUGUUGCUUGCCUA